AGAAGGAGCUGAAUUCCAGGAACCCGGAGGCGGGGCUGACGAUUUCUAUAAAACCUCCCGCAGGGCUCUGGCGGCUUUGCAAUUAGGACAAGUCAAGCGCGCAAAAGCAAGAGGCAACAGCCGUCCUGUCAGCCUCCCAAACAAGCCGUGCGCUGCUGCUGCAGUCUCCACCACCUCGCUUCCCUGUGCCUCGUUUCUCGUCGCUCCCCAGGUUCCCCGUCCUAGCAGCCGCUGCACUCGGCAGCAGCCCGGAUUGCUCAGAAAGCUGGCUCCCUGCGCCAUGGUCACCCACAGCAAGUUCCCCAGUGCCGGGAUGAGCCACCCGCUGGACACCAGCCUGCGCCUCAAGACUUUCAGCUCCAAGAGCGAAUACCAGCUGGUGGUGAAUGCGGUGCGCAAGCUGCAGGAGAGUGGCUUCUACUGGAGUGCGGUGACGGGUGGCCAAGCCAACCUGCUGCUGAGCACUGAGCCCACCGGCACCUUCCUCAUCCGAGACAGCUCAGACCAGCGCCACUUCUUCACCCUAAGCGUCAAGACUGAGUCUGGCACCAAAAACUUGCGGAUCCAGUGCGAGGGUGGCACCUUCUCGCUCCAGAGUGACCCCCACAGCAGCCAGCCCGUGCCUCGCUUUGACUGUGUGCUGAAGCUGGUCCAUCACUACAUGCCUCUCCCUGAGCAGCAGCCAGGGGAAGUGUCGCACCCCAAACGUGCCUACUACAUCUACUCAGGUGGAGAGAAGAUCCCACUGGUGCUGAGCCGCCCUCUCUCGUCCAGCGUGUCCACCCUGCAGCAUUUGUGCCGCAAGACAGUCAAUGGGCACUUGGACUCUUAUGAGAAGAUGACCCAGCUCCCAGGUCCCAUCAAAGAAUUCCUGGACCAGUAUGAUGCGCCCUUCUAAGAGGCUUCUUCAGUAGGGGUAGCCCACCACACAAGCACAAGAACAGGACUGGGAAAUGAUGACUGAGGAGAUUACACAGCAAAAAAAAAUCAAACCUUUUUUUCUGUGGCUUAUGGAAUAUGAGAGGGAUUGGCACGUGGAGCAGCCGAGGAACCUCUACCCACCACAGACAUGGUCUUGCUGGAUGGUUUGCCCAAGGAUGAGGGUGCUUUGUGCAAGGGACUGAUGAUGGUGUUGGACUAUGGAACAGGCUGCUGCUCCUUUAUACAAUUGUCCUUCCUGGCUACAACCCAGUAAAGACUGUGUCUAUCUGGCUUGUGCUGCUGGGUAUGACAGAAUGGUCUGCAAACCUCCCUAACCAAUGGACAGUUUACAAAGAGCAUCUGCUCCGCACUUGCAAGAACACCUCUAAUAACCUUUGACCAAAACCAUUCUGCGGAUUGAAAUAGAUGCACUGGAAUCCAGCUAGUGCCUGAAGACCAACUUUUCCUCAGUUUUAAGGGGAAAUCUUUUUAUAUCUUAUUCAUCUUUACCUCUCUCAACUUCUUGGAGGGGCAGAAUCUCUUUUCAUCCAAAUCCUCUUCCUCUAAGGAUGCUGCCACACAUCUAUUCAUGGGACUAAGCCUUAAAAUGAAAUCCACACCCUCUUACCCCAUGGACCUGGGUUGUUACUGCACAUUGCAUGGGGGAAUGCCAUUCACCCUCUGUGCCAUCAAGCAACAGAGGGCAUCAUUCUGUAAAAUCACAUCACUGCUUUUGGAAGACCUAAAUGGAUGAUAAAUCAUCUCGCCAUUUUCCCUGAAGCGUUAUUCAUUCUUGGCUUCUAUGCCUAGACUGAUAAUCUCUUGCCUUCAUUCUUGGGUUUUCAGUUCAUCAAAGAAUGGUCUUGUAUCUGCACAGAGGUUGUGGAUUUGCUUGGGCCCUAAAUCGCACUGAAUAACCGGAAAACAUACAGGAAUGUAGUAACAACAGAAUUACCUGGAACUCUUUUUUUUUGUUAAAAAACAAAAACUUGUAACCAAAAUUUUGUGUUUUCAUCUUCUUUUUCCAUAUCAGGGUUUUUAGAAGGGCAGAUGAGGUUUUGUUUUUACAGAAAGAAAUGUUUACAGACCUGCCUAAAAAAAAAAUCAUUCUGUCUUUUAUAAAGAUUCCACCUUCAGCCUUGCAGGCUGUUAGACAUGCUUGAAAACUUAACAAAAAAAAUCAAACUUGGAAGAAAACUUUGCACAUCUAUUUAUAUUUACAUUCAAGGGAUUUUAAAAAUGACAUUCAUUAAUUUAUAAUAAAAGGCACUAUUUUUUAAAUGAAAUGC